GGGGCGUAGCCUAUGCAUGUACAGUCCUCUGUGAAAAGCUGAAAACUGCCACUGGAAUCGCACGAAACGUCUGAGCAAUCAUGGCGAAGAGUACUAAGGAGCAUCUGGAGGAUACUUUUAAUGAUCUAGGGACGGAGGAGUUAAAGAGGUUUAAAAACAAACUGUGCGAUCGAAAGAAAGGAGCGGGAAUCCGAAAAGCUCAAAUCGAAAAAGUUGCCGACGCUAUAGAUCUCGCCGAUUUAAUGGUUCGCACUUUCACGUCGACUGGUGCAGUUCCUGCAGCUAUUGAAAUUUUAGAGGCUGUUGGCUGUAAUGAACAAGCAGCGGAGCUCAAAGAGAACGCAGGACACGGUUUACCUGUGGCUCAGCCCCACCAGGAUGUAGUAGACUAUGGAGCAGGUCAGGGUCAGAAGGUUGAAGGUCAGGGUCAGAAGGUUGAGCUUACUCUGUCAGAUGAUUGGCAUAAACAAUUGCAUGUUGUUUUAUGCAGCCAACAAUUUAAAGACAAAAUUAUAAGACAAAAUGGACAGGAGAUUUACGAAGUAAAAGAAAAGAAGGUAAGAAAACGUCUUGCCCUGCUUAUCAACAACAUAGAUUUUGACGAGAAGGCUAUGACAAGAAGAGGGGCAGACACAGAUGAAAAAAACAUGGAAUGGCUGUUAAAGGAGCUGGAUUAUCAAGUUGUCAAGCACAAAAAUCUCUCUGCAAAGGAAAUGGAGAAAGCAGUCAAGGAUUUUGCUCGACGUGAAGAACAUGCACAAUCAGACAGCACCUUCGUGGUUAUAAUGUCCCACGGCAAAAGGGAUGCCAUACUGGGUGUCCAUUAUUCAACAUCCGACCCCUCUGAUACCUUCCUGGUUGAUAAUAUCUACCGCUCUCUGAACACUGAGAAUUGUCCAGGUCUGCGAGAUAAACCAAAGGUUAUUCUCAUCCAAGCCUGCAGGGGAGGGGAGAGUGGACGCAUGUGGGCCAGUGACGGCGAGCCUGAAGAGCCAGAGGGAAUCGAGGGCGAUGACUUUGUGCACAAAGAGAAAGACUUCAUUUCUCUGAUGUCCUGCACCCCGGACACCAAAUCUUACAGGCAUGUUGAGAAUGGAACAUUUUAUGUCCAAAACGUAGUGGAUGUGUUGAUGAAUCAUGCACAUGAGGAUCACAUUGAGGAAUUGUUCAGAAAGGUUAUUCGACGCUUUGACAGCACAGAUAUGAUGGGGUCCUAUAGGCAAAUGGCAUGUAAAGACAGAGCAUCGCUGCCAAAGUUGUUCUACCUGUUCCCCGGACUCUGAUUUGAUGUUUGUCAAAAAUGAUGUUUUUUGACUCCUCAUCUAUGAAUUUUAUAAAUACUUUUGUGCCUUUGAAUCACCAGUGUAGCCUGAACAGUUUGAAAAAAAGUAAUUUUUAAUUAAUCGAUGGCUUAGAUGUAUUUCCUCUGCCUAGAAAAUCUGUUCUGAUACAUAAAAUUCCUGUCUUGUCAAAA